CCGGCUACGGACUACGAAUCCGCCGCCGCUUGAUAGUCUUGCGUGUGCUGUUCAUCCGUGUGAGCGUACGCCGUGUCUGUUCGCGGUUCUUGCAAAGUACGCACAUUCAUCGCGUCCGCGCGGCCUUAUCGUGCCAUCCAGUGAUUUCCGGCGAAGCACACGCAUAUAUACACACGCGCCUGCCUGUCCGGACGAACCGUCGUGCAGACGCCAAACGAAUAUACCAGCGUAAGACACCGGUAGAAAGAAACGCGCGCGCGCGCGCGCGUUCACCCCCGGUCGAUCUCGCCCGUUUUACGCCCUCGGCGCGGGGCGGCGCUUUCAGAAGCGCACCACCACCACCACCACCACCACCACCACCGUCACCGCCACUGACACAGCACCAGACCAUGUGGAUCGCCCGCUGCCCGGAGAUGCACUACCGUCGUCGUCACCGCUGACCGUCGUCUUCAGAGAGACGUGAUGUGCAGCCGAUAACGCCAUCCGAUAAGCGCACUGUUGCAGAGAGGAGACAUAUCGUAUAAUAUAUUAUAAUAUUCGUAUAUAUAUAUAUUUAUAUCUAGUGGCCGCUGACCAAGAUGUAGGCGGAAAACUCUAGACGAUCAAGACGCUACUGAAGGUGAGAGUUUCAGUAGACGUGUCUACACUAAGGGUUGCCGAUUGACGAGUUACACAUUAUAGAAGCUGAAAUACUGUUCAUAUAACCGGAAAACAGAGAAGGAAAGCGAGACGUUCAGAUAGACGGACGAACCGACAGAAACGCGAGGGUCGGAGAGCGGACCCGCGAUGAAGUCGUCGUCAUCGAGGUCGUCGGCCCUGCUGACGGCCGUGGUGGCCGCCGUGGCCCUGGUCGCCAUGUGUCGGGCACCGGGCGCCGGUUGUAGCGACGGCAGUGCACCGCUGUCGCCCCACAUGCACCACAACAUAGCGAUAUUGCCUAGCGACGUGUACCCGGGGUACGGCAUCAAGCAGUUCGCGAGUGAUAAUAAGUAUGCGUACUUCCGGUUGCUGGAGACUGGGUUCUCGCAGUUCUUCGCCGUGCUCAAGGACGGGCUGCUGAUGACUACCACCGACCUGGGGCUGCUGGUCAAGCGGCCCGUCAACUUGGUGGUACUGGAAGAGUCGCCAAACGCCACGUUCACGCACAACAUGCAGCUGUUCGUGUUGGAGAAGCGCGAGAUGCUGCGGUUCGCCGGCGACGCAGCCUACCCGGAUGGGAAGGUGUCGGAGAACAAGCCGCCAGGGACGAGGGUUCGAGGCGUGCCGGUGCUGCACGCGUUCGGCGAAGGCGUGGCCGGACUUCCCAUACGGUACGCGAUCGUAGACGGCAACGACGACGGAGCGUUCGCGCUCAAGACGGCCGAGAACAUCAUUGCGGGAAACAUCACCAACAAGUCGUACUACCGAGGCGUGCACCUGGUCACUAAGCGGCCGCUGGACAGGGAACAGCGCCCUUCGUACGACCUGAUCGUGCAGGCGGCUGACGGCAGCGGCAUCGACAAAGCGUACGCCACUGUGCAUGUGGACGUGUUGGACGAAAACGACAACAGCCCCGUGUUCGAACAGGCCCUGUACAAGAUCAACGUGGACGGAUUCGCGCUGGGCAUAGACAACGGGACGGCGGGCCCAGGCCGGUACUCUGCCGUGGGCCGCGUGUCUGCGUCGGACGCGGACGGUGACCGGGUCGCUUACAGAUUGUCUGCGCCCAGUGCCGCCGUCGUUGUUGUCCCGCAAACGGGUGAACUGCUCGUGUCCGACGACGUUCUCCGGUCCCGCGAAUACUUCGAGUGCCAGUUGACCGUGGACGCGCACGACCUGCGCGAGCCGUCCCGCGUUGCCGAACGACCGGCCACCGUCUGGAUCCAGUACAACUUCGUCGUGCUUGACGACGACGUGCUCAUGCAAGACUUUGGCGCGUACGACGACUCGGCCGAUCAUCGGGUGUACAAACGCCGCGUGACGCGGGCCGUGCGACCGACUAAACGGAUAGAGUUCACUGAGACCGAUGGCGAACAAGAGGGCCGGAGCGUGUUUCCGCUGGAGAAGGAGACUGAGAAGGAAACGUUCAAGAUCCGAGACGAGAAUCCGUGGGUAACGGUUGAGCCGAACGGCGCCGUCCGAGUCAAAAAGAAGUGGGACUACGAGGAGCUGGGUCCCGAGAAGACUAUCGACUUUUGGGUGACCAUCACAAACGCAGGCGUAGGAGAUACGGACAAUCAAAGAGUUAUAAUACAUGUAAAAGACGUCAACGACGAGCCUCCGUACUUCAUCAACCGACCGCUGCCAAUGCAAGCCGUGGUGCAGUUAAAUGCGCCACCGAACACGCCAAUAUUCACUCUUCAGGCACGCGAUCCGGACACCGAUCACAGCAUACAUUACUUCAUCGUUAGGGACAGAACCGGUGGGAGGUUCGAGGUGGACGAGCGGUCAGGUGUCGUUCGAACCAGAGGAACCGAUCCGUUCCAAUUGGACAUGGAAUACGUUUUGUACGUAAAGGCCGAAGACCAGAACGGUAGGAUGGAUGAACGCCGUUUUCAGUCGACACCCGAAGAACGUUUAUCGAUCGUCGGUGGCAAGAGAGCUCCGCAGUUUUACAUGCAGUCAUAUGAAGCGGAAAUACCGGAAAAUCAAAGAAAAGACUCCGACAUAAUAUCGGUAAAAGCUAAAUCGUUUGCUGACCGAGAGAUACGUUACACGCUCAAAGCCCAGGGCCAAGGCGCCGGGACGUUUAAUAUUGGGCCAACAUCUGGUAUCGUGAAAUUGGCUAAGGAAUUGGAUUUCGAGGAUUUGAGACAACCGCAUGUAUACUCAUUGAUCGUCACUGCUACUGAGGAUUCUGGUGGAUUUUCAACGUCCGUCGAGCUCACCAUUCGCGUAACGGACGUCAACGACAAUGCGCCCAAGUUUGAGCUGCCCGAUUACCAGGCACACAACGUGGACGAAGAUAUCCCUCUUGGAACUUCCAUACUGAAAGUGAAAGCUAUGGACGCAGACUCAGGUGAAAACGCCGAGAUCGAGUAUCAUGUGAGUGACGAUCAUUUUGCAGUCGAUGCUUCAGGAAUCGUCAACAAUAACAAGCAACUGGACGCCGACAACAAUAACGCGUAUUACGAAUUCGUUUUGACCGCUAAGGACAAAGGGGAACCUCCAAAGACAGGAACGGCCACCAUACGGAUUUACACGAAAAACAAAAAUGACGAGGAGCCAAAAUUUUCGCAGCAAGUAUACACACCGAACGUUGACGAAAACGCCGGUCCCAAUACGCUUGUGACCACGGUAGUGGCUUCCGACAAGGAUGGUGAUAAUGUCAGAUUUGGAUUCGUGGGCAGCGGCACGUCCUCUGGUCAGUUUGUCAUCGAAGAGAUCACCGGUGUAAUCCGGCUGCACUCGAAAUCGAUAUCGCUCGAGAGGGACAAAUACGAACUGAACGUAACUGCCGUGGACGAUGGAGCGUGUUGCGUGAACGGUGCGGCGACCAUACACACCAGUACCGCGGUCGUUGUGGUUUUCAUCACCGACGUCAAUGACAACAAGCCGGUGUUCAGGGAAUGCGCUAAAUACAACCCCAAAGUCGAAGAAGGCGCGCCAAAUGGCAGUCCGGUGCUUAAGGUUCACGCGACUGACGAGGACAAAGGUGUCAACGGACAAGUGAAAUACUCGAUUGUCCAGCAGCCGAAUCAAAAAGGCACAAAGUUCACUGUCGACGAAGAAACAGGCGAAGUUUCUACCAAUAAGGUGUUUGAUCGAGAAGGCGACGAUGGCAAAUUUGUAUCCGUCACAAUUAAAGCUACCGAUCAGGGAGAUCCGUCGCUAGAAGGCGUUUGCUCUUUCACAGUCGAGAUCACUGACGUAAAUGACAAUCCGCCGUUGUUCGACCGUCAGAAAUACGUGGAAAACGUGAAACAAGACGCCAGCAUUGGUACGAACAUCCUGAGAGUGUCAGCUUCUGACGAGGACGCCGACAAUAACGGCGCGAUCGUUUAUUCGCUCACCGCCCCAUACCCGGGUGAUGAUUUGGACUACUUUGAGAUUCAACCGGAAUCCGGGUGGAUCGUUUUAAAGAAACCACUCGACCGCGAGACGUACAAGCUGGAAGCCACUGCCCAAGAUAAGGGAUACCCUCCUUUGUCUCGGAGUGUCGAGGUCCAGAUCGACGUGGUGGACCGAGCCAACAACCCACCGGUCUGGGACCACGUCGUGUACGGGCCCAUCUACAUAAAAGAAAACAAGCCAGUCGGGGCAAAAGUGGUAUCUAUUAAAGCCAGCUCGGGCAUCGAGGGAAAUCCGACAGUGUUCUAUCGGCUAAUGCCGGGAUCCACAGCGCAGACGAACAAGUUCCACACGUUCUACUUGCAACAGAGGCAAGACAACGGUUUCACUUGGGCUGACAUAAAAGUCAAUCAUCCGCUAGACUACGAAACGAUCAAGGAAUACAAUUUGACUAUUCGCGUGGAGAAUAACGGAGCUCAACAACUUGCGUCUGAAGCGACAGUGUACAUUAUGCUGGAAGACGUGAACGACGAAAUACCGUUGUUUACCGAACGAGAACAAGAGACUGUCCUAGAAGGUGAGCCGAUUGGCACCAAAGUAACUCAAGUCAAUGCAAUCGACAAAGACGGCACGUUCCCCAACAACCGGGUAUAUUAUUAUGUGGUCGAUUCGCCGCGGAAUGAAGGAAAGGAUUAUUUUGAAAUAAACACAGAAACCGGUGAGGUAUUCACGAAAAUAGUUUUUGACAGAGAAAAGCAAGGCGCGUACGCUCUGGAAGUUGAAGCCCGAGACGGAGCCCCAUCUGCCAGGCCCAACAAUGGCGAAGCUCCGAAUUCAGUGUCUAAGUUCAUACGAAUUGGUAUUGCUGAUAAGAAUGACAACCCACCGUACUUUGACAAGGCCUUAUACGAGGCUGAAGUCGACGAAAACGAAGAUAUACAGCACACAGUACUCACCGUGACAGCGAAGGACCACGAUGAAUCGUCCAGAAUACGUUACGAGAUAACAGGAGGAAAUCUCGGCGGGGCGUUUGCAGUCAAAAAUAUGACCGGUGCCAUUUAUGUCGCCGGUCCAUUGGACUACGAGACGAGGAAAAGGUACGAAUUACAUCUAUCCGCGUCGGACAACUUGAAAGAAAACCACACGAUAGUUGUGAUCCACGUGAAAGACGUUAACGAUAAUCCACCGGUGUUCGAACGGCCCACGUACAGGACACAAAUCACUGAAGAGGACGAUCGGAACUUGCCCAAACGCGUCUUACAGGUAACGGCCACCGAUGGCGACAAAGAUCGUCCGCAGAACAUCGUUUAUUUCCUCACGGGUCAGGGAAUUGAUCCCGACAACCCGGCCAACAGUAAAUUCGACAUCAAUCGUACAUCGGGAGAAAUAUUCGUUCUCAAGCCUUUAGACAGAGAUCAGCCGAACGGUAGACCACAGUGGAGAUUUACCGUGUUCGCGCAGGACGAAGGAGGCGAAGGAUUAGUCGGAUAUGCUGACGUCCAAGUCAAUUUAAAAGACAUCAACGAUAACGCGCCGGUAUUCCCGCAAGGAGUGUACUGGGGAAAUGUAACCGAAAACGGAACAGCUGGAAUGGUGGUGAUGACAAUGACGGCGGUGGAUUACGACGACCCAGCCGAAGGCACUAACGCUAAAUUGAUAUAUUCGAUCGAGAAAAACGUGAUAGAAGAAGAAACUGGCACUCCGAUAUUCGAAAUCGAAUCCGAUACGGGUGUCAUCAAGACAGCUGUAUGCUGUUUAGAUCGAGAACGCACUCCAGACUAUUCUAUCCAAGUGGUUGCCAUGGACGGCGGAGGCCUAAAAGGUACGGGCACCGCUUCCAUUCGUGUGAAGGAUAUCAACGACAUGCCGCCGCAGUUCACGAAAGAAGAGUGGCUCACUGAAGUUGACGAGACCGACGGAUUUAAUUUCCCGGAAACUCCCAUAUUGACCGUGACGGUACACGAUGAAGACGAGACCAACAAGUUCCAAUACAAAGUGAUAGAAAACAGCGGUUACGGAGCGGAUAAAUUCACCAUGGUACGAAACAAUGACGGCACCGGAUCGCUUAAAAUCGUUCAACCGUUGGAUUAUGAGGACCAACUGCAGAGUAACGGAUUCCGUUUCAGAAUCCAAGUCAAUGACAAGGGCGAAGACAACGACCACGAUAAAUACCACGUUGCUUACUCAUGGGUUGUCGUCAAACUGCGCGAUAUCAACGACAACAAGCCACAGUUUGAACGACCCAACAUCGAAGUGUCGGUGUACGAAAACGUGGAAGUUGGCAAGAGCUUGGAAACGUUUAAAGCCACUGAUCCGGACCAAGGAGGCAAGAGCAAAGUGUCGUAUGCUAUUGACCGUGUAUCCGACCGCCGCCGUCAGUUCCGCAUCAGUCAAGAAGGAACCGUUUCCAUUCAACGGCAGCUGGACAGGGAAGAAACUCCUAGACAUCAAGUAAAAAUCUUGGCCAUCGACGACGGCGUUCCACCAAAAACAGCGACAGCCACCCUCACGGUUAUUGUCCAGGACAUCAACGAUAACGCUCCAAAGCUUCUUCGUGAUUACCGACCGGUAUUGCCAGAACACGUACCAGCCAGAAAAGUUGUUGAAGUCUUAGCGACCGACGACGACGACCGUUCGAAAAGCAACGGGCCGCCAUUUACAUUCAGGAUGGAUCCAAACGCGGAUGACGUGAUCAGAGCAUCGUUCAAAGUUGAACAUGAUCAAAAGGGUGCCAACGGUGACGGUAUGGCUGUAAUCUCGUCGCUCAGGUCAUUCGACCGAGAACAACAGAAAGAAUAUCUUAUACCGAUUGUGAUCAAAGACUCCGGUAAUCCUGCAAUGACGGGCACAAGUACUCUGACAGUUAUCAUUCGAGACGUGAACGAUAACAAAAUGCAACCGGGAUCCAAAGAAAUAUUUGCUUAUAAUUAUAUGGGCCAAGCUCCGGACACGGAAAUCGGACGGGUGUACGUGUACGAUUUGGACGACUGGGAUUUGCCCGACAAAAAAUUCUAUCCGGACGGCACCGAACAUCCGCGAUUUAAGCUAAACGACACCACGGGAAUGAUCAUGAUGCGCCAUGGUACGAGAGAGGGCCAAUACCACUUGCGAUUCAAGGUGUAUGACCGAAAACACACGCAAACGGACAUCUCUGCGAACGUCACUGUUACGGUUAAAGAAAUUUCGCCCGAGGCAGUUAUGAACGCAGGGUCAAUACGUAUCGCUGGAAUAUCCGACGAAGAUUUCAUCAGAAUAUGGAACUACAGAACGCAGAGCUUAGUCAGGAGCAAAGCCGAUAAAUUCAAGGAUAAACUUGUGGACAUUUUAAACACACCCAGAGAAAAUAUCGACAUUUUUAGUGUUCAGUUGAAACAAAAGUACCCUCCGUUAACUGACAUUAGGUUCUCUGCUCACGGAUCGCCUUACUACAAAACGGUGAAACUCAACGGCCUGGUAUUGAUGCACCGCGAAGAGAUUGAAAAAGAUGUGGGAAUAAACAUCACUAUGGUCGGAAUUGACGAAUGUCUGUACGAGUACGUAAACUGCGAGGGUAGUUGCACGAACGUAUUCGAGAUUAACACGCUACCGUACAUGGUGAACGCCAACAAGACGGCACUGGUCGGUGUCCGAAUCGAUACUUACGCAGAAUGCACCUGCGGAGCCCGAAACUUCACGAAAAUCGAAACGUGCCGAUCGAGCCCAUGUCUGAACGGUGGUCGGUGCACGGAUACCAGAAACGGGCCGACGUGCGAAUGCUUGAAUGGCUUCAACGGACCCAGGUGCCAGCAGACGGCCAGGAGCUUCAAGGGUAGCGGAUGGGCAUGGUAUCCGCCCUUGGAGAUGUGUGACAACUCUCAUUUGAGCCUCGAAUUCGUAACAAGAAAAGCGGACGGGCUAAUGCUGUACAACGGUCCCAUAGUGCCACCUGAACCCGAAGAAACGCUUGUAUCAGAUUUCAUAUCAAUCGAGUUGGAUAGGGGUCAACCGCGUUUGCUCAUCGACUUUGGGUCCGGUACAUUAGAGCUUAAGGUGAAAACAAAAAAGAGUUUGGACGACGGCGAGUGGCAUAAAAUUGAUGUAUUUUGGGACACGGAGAAUAUCCGUUUGGUGGUGGACAACUGCCGUUCAGCGGACAUUUCCGAACUGGAAGACGGUUCGCAUCCGGAGUUCGACGAUGCCUCUUGCCAGGCCCAGGGCACGAUACCACCGUUCAACGAGUACCUAAACAUCAAUUCACCGCUACAAAUAGGCGGCCGGUAUGUACAGGACUUUGACCCCACUCACUAUCAUUGGCAAUCUGCCCCGUACGGCAAAGGAUUCGACGGCUGCAUUAAAAACGUCUAUCACAACAGCAAGCUUUAUGAUCUGGCCAACCCAGGACUCACCAGGAACAGCGUUGCCGGAUGUCCUCAAACCGAAGAUCUAUGCAUGCAGUUAGUUGGCCACAGGUGUUCGGAACACGGAUCGUGCGUGGGCAGUAUGGUGGAACCGCGAUGCGAGUGCAACCCCGGCUGGUCGGGUGCCGAUUGCCUCACGCCCACUAUACCAACCACGUUCCGGCCCCAGAGUUACGUGAAGUACGCCCUAUCGUUUGACGCUGACAAAUUCAUGACCAAAAUCCAACUACGGUUCAGGACGCGCGAAGAGCAUGGAGAGUUGUUCAGAGUCAGCGACCAACACAACCGCGAAUAUGCCAUUCUCGAGAUUAAAGACAGCAAACUGCAUUUCCGAUACAACUUGAACAGCUUACGAACCGAGGAAAGGGACGUGUGGCUAAGCGCUGUAACCGUUGACGACGGUAAAUGGCACACAGCCAAAGUGUCAAGAUACGGUUCAUCAGCCAUUUUAGAAUUAGACGGUGGCGAAGGGAAACAUUAUAACGAAACUUAUCGGUUCGAAGGGCAUCAGUGGCUAAUGGUAGACAAGCAAGAAGGAGUGUACGCUGGUGGAAAGGCCGAGUACACGGGCGUUCGAACAUUUGAAGUAUACGGUGACUUCCAAAAAGGUUGCUUGGACGACAUACGCUUGGAGGGAAGAUAUUUGCCACUGCCGCCAGCGACCAACGGAACACAAUGGGGUCAAGCUACCAUGGCUAGAAACGUUGAAAGGAAUUGCCCAUCAAACAAACCGUGUGCCAACGUCAUUUGUCAGGAGCCUUUCGAAUGCGUCGACCUUUGGAACUAUUACGAUUGCACUUGCGGUGAAGGUAGGAUCAUGACUCCGGAUCGCAAAGGCUGCGUGGAUAAAAACGAGUGCCUGGACAGUCCAUGCCGGAACGGUGGCGUUUGCCUGAACCAAGACCCUAGGAUACGUUACCGCUGCAUAUGCCCGGACGGCUUUUGGGGCGAAAACUGCGAACUGGUCCAAGAAGGCCAAAAACUGAAACUUGGCAUGGGUGCACUGGCCGCUAUACUGGUGUGCCUCCUCAUCAUACUCAUUCUAGUGUUGAUGUUUGUCGUGUACAACCGGCGACGCGAGUCACACAUUAAAUAUCCUGGACCAGACGACGACGUCAGAGAAAACAUAAUCAAUUACGACGACGAGGGCGGCGGCGAAGACGACAUGACCGCUUUUGACAUCACGCCGUUACAGAUACCCAUCGGCGGAUCGAUGAACAACAUGCACCCACAGAAAUAUAAAUAUCCAGCAAUGCCCGUGGGCGUAGAACCCAACGUCGGCAUAUUCAUAGAAGACCAUAAGAAACGCGCGGACGGUGAUCCAAACGCCCCGCCGUUUGACGACUUACGCAAUUACGCUUAUGAAGGAGGUGGCAGUACUGCCGGAUCAUUGUCAUCAUUAAACACAGGUACCGAGGACGAUCACCAGGACUACGAGUACUUGGUAUCUUGGGGUUCGCAUUUCGACAAGCUGGCCGACAUGUACAGCCGGGACGGCGAACGCGAGAUGGACGAGGAGCAGUAGAGGAGACGAAAAGCACGUUUACAGCUAACUGUUGUGUAGAAUAUAAUAUUAUUAUUGUCUUCAUCAUCACGACGUAUCGCACCACAUUACGCGUCGUGUCGUAUACUCGUAUUUAUAAUAAAUAAUAUGCAUAAUAAUAAUAAUAUUUUCGUUGUACAUACACACAGGGCCGCUAUAAUUGAACUGAAAAUCUAGUCAUGAUUAAUUUUUUUUUAAUUAAUUUUUUUUUACUUAACUCACUAUAUACAUUAUUAUUAUUAGACGAUCUCAACUCCCAUUUUGCUGCCAUUUUAUUAUAAUAUUAUAUAAAAUAUGCUUACCGUUUAUCGUUUGUUUUACCGUAUUAUAGUAUAUUACAUUAUAUGAUAAUAAUAUUAUAAUACCCAUCCCAGCAAUAAUGUACAUUGUUGCGUUACUACUACUACACUCCACUGCAGGACUAAAUUGUAAUAAUUAUUAAAAUAUAUUAUGCAUAAUACUAUAGAGCCUCGUCGUACCCUCCUCAUACUGCGACUUUUCGUUAACAUUUUUUUUCUAUCAUCAACCCCUUUCAUCAUUCUUGUAGUUUUUUAUUUUUAUUUUUCUUACAAGUAAUGUCGAGUUUUUUUGUAUUAAAUAAUAUAUAUUUAUAUAUAUAUUACCUCAAUAUAAGAGCAAAUCGUUUUAUUAUUGAUUGAUUUUCACUCGAAUGUUUUUACUAUUUUUAUUCAUACAAAACUGAGAAAAAACAUUGUGUACGUCAAAUUAUUGCCAUUAUACUCGUAUAUUCAGGGCAAACGCUACUUUUUUAUUGUAUGCUCAAUUUCUGUUUAGAUUACACAAUAUUAUAGUUGUUUAACAAUAUAUUGUAUAAAUUUGACACUGAAUUAUAUUUGUAAAUCGAGUGAAUCAAUAUAUAAUAUAAUAUUAUAAUUACAGCUGUAACAUAUAAUAAUAUUAUAAUAUAUAAUAAACGUAACACGACCCGAGUCGACAAAUCAUAAAAUCAAUUUUUUUGUUCGGUCGAAUAUAAUAUAAUAUUAUGUUGUUAUAUUGAAAUCUUUUCGUACAUAUCUCUCGAUGGAAAAAAAAAGAUGAAAAAAAAUGUUUUACUAUACAUUAAACAUAAUAAUAUAAUAAUUAUCAUUUCUAUUUUACGAUAAUAUUGUACAUUAUAUUUGAAAUCAUAUAAAUUAUACAUUAAUUAGUUCACUAUAAUAUUAUAAAUUAAUAAUACCACAUCACGUUUUGUUUUCACCCGGCACAAUUUAUAUGAUAUUCAACUGAAAUCGAUAACAAUAUGAUUAUAGUAUACUGAACAAAAUAUCAUCACUAUAAUAUAUAGAUAGCUGUUCUAUAAAUAUAUCGUAUAGGUGUAAACGACACACCAUACAACCCCUUUUGCCCCACGCCCACCCCAAACCACCCACAUCACAACCACAGAUCCCUUAUUUGUUAUUAUAUUUAUAUAUUAUUAAUGUAUACAUAUAUAUUACGAAACGUAGACGGUAUAUAUAUUAUAUAUAUAUAUAUAAAGAGAGAGAAAUCUUGUCCUAGUGCGUAUUAACCUGAUGUUCCAAUUUUAUAUAUUAUUAUUAUUAUUAUUAUUAUUAAACAUGAAAAAUUAAAACAAGCAAAAAAAAACAAAAAAAUUAAAUUAAAUUAAUAAUUUUGAUAAGUUUACGAUUAGUUUUAUUUAUAUAAAUUUUAAAUUACCUAUUAUUAUAUUAUGAUAACUAUUAUUAUAUUUCAUGUAGACAUUAAUUUAUUGAUAAUUUGAUUAUAUUAUAUAACAUUACGGUAUACCUACAUAUAUAUAUUUAUUAUUAAUAUUAUUAUGACCGUGUCUACAACUUUUUUUCACACUUAUCUUUAAGUUUUUUAUUUUGUCCGUUUCGUUCGACGUUACAACCACCACACUUGGCGUCAAAAUGUAAAUUUUUUUUUUUUUCAUUUUGUAUUGUAUCCGCAAUGAGACGGUAGUGCUAGGCUGGCCGCCGUCCCGUCGCCGCACUGUACUAAAUUAACGACCGUGGCGGCCGGUUUGCACCACGAUAGUAUUAUAAUAAUUGUAAGUCUUGUUGUACUUUAAAAUGUCGUCGUGGUUGUCGAACGAAUGUCAUCGCAUAAUAUUAUCAUAGAGUAUGUUAGUAUAUUUUGUGUAUCGCUACCAAAUGAUCAAAUUACGUUUAAGGCCACCGAAAAGGUAAUAUAAUAUAAUAUAAUUAUAUUGCAUGCAGGUCGAACAUAAUAUUACUACUAACACCUAUCGAUAAUAGGCGUACUUACUAUUAUUAUAUAAUAAUUUUUCAUUCGUUGUACGUCUAAGUGAUCGUUCUCAAUGUAAAUGAAUAAAAACAAAAAAUAAUCUUAAACCGUGUGCGUACAACGACGCACUGUCACGUGUUGCAUUUAGAUAUAUGAAAUGUUGAGUACACAAAAUUAUUUUUUCUUUCUUACACAAUAUUAUUUUGUUUUGUAUUAUGGUGUAGCCUAUGAUAAUCAAAAACACAAAAUAAGAUAAUGAUAAUAAUAAUAAUAAUAAUAAUAAUUUAUUAUAGGUUAGUUAUUGAAACAAGACAUUCCAUGAUAAAUUGCGUUCAACAUCGUAAUAAUAUUGUGUAUUAUUAUUAUUAUUAUUGUUAUUGUGAUGUUAUUACGAUUUACGAGUCGCUUUCCACCUACAUAUACGACCCACGCGCAGCGAUACACAAGUCAUAAUAUUAUAAUAAUUAUUAAUAUUAAUUAAUCGUUAAACUAUAUUAUGUACUUAAAAUCUACUUCGUCGUACCUUUUACACACACACACCGUAUUAUAAUAUUAUCGUUGUCGUGCGACGAGCCCAUCACUCACCCGCCCGUCAACGCUCACCCGUUUACCCGUUAUUUCGUCUUCAUGUUAACCAAAGUUAAACACAUCGUGAUCGCACAACCCACUUCCGGACAGAUUUUUUUCUCUCUUCCGGUUUUUGUCGAUCGUCUCCAGCCGAAUCGCUGCAGGGACUUUAUCGAUGAACCUAUUUGAUUGCUUACGGGGUGACACACGAUUCUACAACUAAAUGCGCAAUUCCACAAUUUCUAUCGUGCAAACGAUUUUUUAAUUUUACCCAAACAUUACUCAAUUCCGCAUGAAUACUGUAAAACCUAUUAUUUUAUUGAAAAUAAAAUUAAUUAAUUAAAAUAAAACUCGAUCCUGACGCGAAACGCGUCAUCAUCGGUCAGUGUCAAAACGUUUAUUGUCGGUUACACACAUCUAACUUUCUGCGUUUUCGGCUUCUAUACCGUACGAUUUAAGUAACAUACCCUGAAUAUCCUUCUAUUACUAUAAUACGUGUCGCGCGCGUGUACAUAUAUUUUUAUUAUUAUUAUUAUUAUUAUACGAGAUUGUACCUGUGUUUUUUGUAUUUGAAUUUGUUUUUUACUUUCAAUUUUUACACCGAAGAAAACCCCCCCAAAAAAAUUGACCCCAGAACGCGAUUUUGCGCUUUCUUCCAUGUACCUAUACAUGUAUAUUAUAUUACAUACCCGCGAAUAAAUUAAAAACAAACUAACACGAUCUGUAUACGGCGAUCGUUCUCUGAUCGAUCACUACUCCUUUACUAACACAUGUUUAUUUAAUUAUUAUUAUUAUUGCGUUAAUAUUAUAAUAUAAUUAUUUAUAUUUAUAUAUUUCUAGUCACCCAUCCGUCGUAUUAUAAUAUUAUAUAAUAAUAUAUAAUAUACCUACCUACCGACUUUUGUAUACCAACCGUUUGUUUAUUUUAUUUUCAACAUGUAACUAUAUAUUAUUAUUAUGUAAUAUAUGCUAAGACAUUUUAUUAUAUACAUAUUAUAUAAUAUGUAUGUAUAUAUAUAUAUACUAUUAUUAUACUGUAGAUUUUAGUACUUUAAGUUAAUUAUUAAUAUAUCAUAUAAGUUGCGUAGUGUUAAAUUAAACGUAUUAUAUGAAGUAAAAAAAGGCAUUAGAAAAACAAAAACCGAUUUUUGAACACUCGACGUUUUCGUUGUGUUUGAUGUUUUUAAUAUACACACUGUAAAAACAUAUUACUGAUAAAUAAUGAUUAUUAGGAUAAUAUAACAUUUAUAAGCAUAUACACA